AUGACUUUCAUCUCUGAACCCCAAGCUAAUCUGUUUUUUAAGCUAAUUUAACUUUUCAAUUAGCAAAAGAUUGAGAAGAAAUCCAAAGUUUUCAUAUAUUUUAUCAGACUAACUUGUUGUACUUAAGAUAAUAAUUAUUUUGGCUAUUUCAUCAUAUUCUAAAUCAUUUUAGAGUAUCUUUUGUAAAAGAUCAUUUUGAUUAGAUUUUUAAAUAAUUUAAAAUUUAUAUUUCUCAGUUUAAUACCAGAUAUCUUUCAUAGUAUUAAUGUUGAUAUUCCUUAUAGGCCACUAAAACCCAUCUAAUAUGUAAUAGAUUAUUCCAAAGCGUUAUCGAAGUAAUUUUUUUUCACUGUUCUAAUUUUUGGUUUUUUCAUUAGAGUUGGUUCCGUAAUUACUUUCUAUUUCCUUAAGGAUAUUCUUAUAUGUGUCAUCUUAGCUUUAAAUAGGUGA